AUGACCCUCAAAGUUAACCAUGUGUUGCACCACGAGAAGUCCAAAUACCAAGACAUCCUGAUCUUUGAGUCCAGCGAUCAUGGCAUCGUCCUUGUCCUUGAUAACGCCAUCCAAUGUACGGAGAGCGAUGAGUUUGCUUAUCACGAGAUGAUCACUCACUUGGCCAUGAACUCUCAUUCGAAUCCGAAAAAGGUUCUCGUCAUCGGAGGCGGCGAUGGAGGCGUCUUGCGUGAAAUUGUCAAACAUUCAUCCGUGGAAAGCGCAGUGCUAUGCGAUAUCGACGAGGCCGUGAUCCGUCUUUCAAAAGAGUACCUGCCGACAACGAGCAUUGGAUUCCAACACCCGAAGGUCAGCGUUCAUCACGCAGACGGGAUGGAGUUUCUCCGCAAUUGCAAGAACGAGUUCGAUGUUAUUAUCUCCGAUGGCACGGAUCCGGAAGGACUGGCGAAAGGUUUCUUUGAGAAUUCAUACUUCGAGCUUCUCAACAAUGCCUUAAGGGAGGGUGGUAUAGUCAUUACACAUACUGAAGACCAAUGGCUUCGUCUCCCCAUGCUCACUCAAUCACGGAAGUUGUGCAUCGAAAUUUUCCCUAGCGUCGAGUAUGGAUAUACGACAAUUCCCACAUACCCCUGCGGUCAAAUUGGAUUCUUGAUCUGCUGCAAGGAAGAGAAUCGCAAUCUAAAAGAACCGGUACGCUCGUGGGACGAGGAAACGGAAGAGAGGCUGUGCAGGUACUACAACAAGGCAAUCCACAGCGCGGCGUUCGCGCUACCUGUGUUCAUCAGGAAAGCUCUCUCGUGA